UCCAAACCACGGAUUAGUAUAAAAGGAACUACUCGCUUGAAUUUUAUUCCUUAAGUGAAGUGGCAAAGUGAAAAUGAAAGUGUUCCUUCUAUUCUUUCUUGCGCUCAUCUGUGGUUCUGUGUGUGAUGACGUGGUAGUUACGGUGAAACAUGGAAAACUCAAAGGAAAAUAUGUGAAUGGAUUAGAGAAGCCUUAUGAGGCUUUUUUGGGUGUUCCCUAUGCUAAACCACCUGUUGAAGCGUUGAGAUUCUGUAGCCCCGUUCCGUGUGACCCAUGGUAUGAUAUUUACGAUGCCACGUAUGCACGAAAGGAAUGCCUGCAGAAGGUCUAUCAUGCACUCGAACCGUACACAACGGGAAGCGAGGACUGCCUCUAUCUCAACAUCUAUCGUCCACACAAAAGGAACUAUCAUGAGAAGCUUCCUGUUAUUGUCUACUUCAGCUUUGGUGGCUACGAAACUGGGCACACAAGCCCUGAGAGCAUUGCUCCGGAUUACUUUAUGGACACUGAGCAGGUUAUCGUUGUUGUUGUGCAGAACAGACUAGGUGUCUUUGGGUAUUUGAGCUCCGGAGAUUCCAGCUGUCCAGGAAACUUUGGACUUAAGGAUCAAGCUCUGGCUUUGCGAUGGGUACAUGAGAACAUUGGAGCCUUCCAGGGUGACAAUGGCUGUGUAACUCUCCUAGGAGUAGGAGCUGGAGCCAUUACAGCCCAGCUUCAUUGGCUUCAUCCUGAAACCUCCAAGUUCUUCCAUCGUGUUAUUCUUAAAAGUGGAAGUGCCGUAGGUGAUCUAGCAGUUCUCAAAUGCCCUAGUAAUCAGUUCAUUCAUCAUGCUAAAGUGAUUGGAAUAGAGAAUCCUCAAGGAUUCACUUCGCAUGAAUUGACUGAAAAACUCCGUAAAGCCGAUGCUAAACUACUCCUAUCUGCCUACUACAGUGAAUCCUAUUUAGUUGGCAAUAUGCUGCCGUACCGUGUUGUGGUAGAGAAAAAAUGUCCAGAAGCUUACGUCACGGAGGACCCAAUAGGAGCAUGGAAGUAUGGACAUUUUGAUCCUAAACCUCUGUACGUGACCUUUACUCCGUAUGAGGGAAAUGUAAAAGCUGGUCUAUUUCUCAAUGAACACUACAGGAAGAACUUUAACCUGAACGUUGAUAAGUAUCUUCCAAAAAUUCUCAAUAUCGAUCCUAAAUAUUUGCCUGAAGUUAAGAAGUUCUAUUUUGAGGAUCAGAGUUGUGAGAUUACAGACAAAACUGUCCCCAUUUAUAUCAAGAUGAUAACAGCAAGGAAUUUCCACCAAUCAAUGUACAAUACAGUCAAGUGGUUUGUCCACAAUGUUAACACAUACAAGUAUCCUCUAUCCAUUGAUGAAUUCAAAUUUAACGGACCACUGCACUUUACAAAGUUCUUCUCAGGCUACGACGUUAACCUCGAUACAGGCUUCUGUGACGAUCUGCUCUAUCUCUUCCGCCUCCCGACAGAUUUCCCCGAAUUCAGCAAACAUUCCAUUAGCUAUCAGCUGAAGAGUAUCUACGUGGAUAGUCAUGUUAAUUUUGCCAUAACCGGUAAGGCUACAGCGUAUACGGAUGUACAUCCCUGCGAUGAUGUUUACUUUGACAACUACGGUUUUUGCGAAUAUCAAGUUUAUGGUAAUCAAUCGGAAUGGAUUCAUGGAGUUCUCCAUGAUCAAGUUUCCGUGGACUGUACGCAUUGGUUUGAUCUGGAACAGAUGGAAUUUUGGAAUAAUAUUUCUUUUGACUAACUUGGUAAUCAAGCCAUUGAAUGAUUGAUUGUAACGGAAAAGAAUAACAGGUUAAAGAAAAUUGCAAUUCUAAUAAAGGUUUUUAAAGCAAA